CAUUCUUGACAGAACAAUGGCAGUGCCGUCCAACAACACAGCACUGAACUUACUCCUUUCAAAACUACUAGAGGACUACGUAACUAAAACAAACCACCCCGUGCCUGCACCAGUCACAGCAACGAGCGACCACUUGGAAGUAGUGUUUAUACUCUUGUUGUUCUGCUUCUUUGGCUUCUUUACAUUUGGAGUCAUGCUGAGCUACAUCCGUUCCAAAAAGCUUGAACAUUCAAAUGAUCCAUACAAUGUGUACAUUGCCACAGACAUUUGGUACAAGAAAGAUAAAGCUAGCUUUCAAGCCAAAGUAGUGGAAAACUAUAAAUCAUGUUGUGUACUGAAAAACCAGCAUGCAGUAGAACAACCUACCAGUCACAUUCCAGAAGUAACGUCUCCAUAGUAAAUGGGCAAUUAACUUUGCAGGCAUCAUGCUGGAUGUUCAAAAUGUUCCAGAAAACAAAAGAAAAGGAAAAGUUCUUGGAUUAUCAUUAUCAAAAGGAAAAUGACAAGAACAUAGUAGUCUUUAUGCAACCCCAAAUGCAUGAUUGGCUAUGCUGAUUGGGGAUGAUGAAAGUUAUAGUCCAAGACAUCUCAAGGGCACCAAGUU